AUGGGAUGCAAGACGAUCGUCGUCGCCGUGGACAAUUCGAAGACCGCAGCUUCAGAGGAUUUUGUCAAGGAGCACUUCCUGCCAAAGGCCAAGGCGGGCGGUGCAAAGGUCAUGGCAACCAUGCUUCACACCUUUCCGGACGGCAGCACGAGCAUCGGCAAGGCCAUCUGCGAGUUUGCAGAGGAAACCAACCCGGCUGCGCUCGUGCUGAUGAAGCAGCAGAAGUCAGCAUUGCAGCGUUUCUUCCUCGGCUCGGUCACAAAGCACUGCGCUGUCCACAGUAGCGUGCCUGUGAUUAUUGUGCCUGCCUGA